AGUAUGGUUGUAGCAUAAUUACAGUAUACGAAAAUGAUUUUAAUUUUUUUCAUUUUAUUUCUGGCUGGUUCUUUUGUGGCAAGUGAAAAAUUCAAAUUCGAUAAUUAUACUCUUUACAAAAUAUUACCGAAGGAUAGUAGUGACUUUGUGAUUUUGCAAGAAUUGUACGAAAUUGAUAGAAGGUUCGAUUUCUGGGACGAUCCUAUUCCUACUGCUGAAUAUUUGAUUCCACCACAUGAUAAAAUAGACCUUGAAAAUAUUUUAAUUCAGAAUAAUGUGGCAUUUAUACCAACUAUACAGAAUAUACAAGAAGCUAUUGACCGACAGACAGUUAAAAAGUAUACACGCAAUAAUGUCCGAAGUAUGCAAUGGGAUGCGUAUUAUGAACUGGAAGAAAUAUACGCCUGGAUAGAUGAUUUAGCAAAAACAUAUCCAGAUAUUGUCACAACAGAAGUCGCUGGUACUUCAUAUGAAGGUCGAGAAAUUAAGGGAUUGAAAAUAUCCCAUGGGCCCGGUAGAAGGAUAGUGUUUAUCGAAAGCGGUAUUCAUGCUAGAGAAUGGAUCACUCCAGCUACAGUAUGCUAUAUCACCGCCCAGUUGCUUACUAGUAACGAUCCAGAGACAAGAGCAGCAGCAAGAGAUUUCGACUGGUAUAUAUUCCCUGUGACGAACCCAGAUGGGUAUGUUUGGACACACACUGAUUUUCGGCUGUGGCGCAAAAACAGAAAGCCAGUCGGUACAGAAUUCGGUAUUGACUUAAAUAGAAACUGGAACAGUAACUGGUUGGUUAAAGGCUCCAGUACUAACCCGUCUUCAAAUAACUACGCUGGUCUUGGACCAUUCUCGGAACCCGAGACCCGCACUCUUUCCACAUACAUAACGGCUAUCGGAAAUAAAAUUGAUAUAUACCUGUCUAUGCAUUCCUCUGGCCAGCUCUUAUUGGUACCUUUUGGUAACACAACUCAGCCUUUGGCAAAUUAUUAUGAUGUGGUGAAUAUUGGAAGGCGUGCGAUGGGAGCUUUAUCAGUGAGAUACGGUACAGAAUAUACAACAGGAAAUGUAGCUGAAGCCAUAUACCAUGCAACAGGAAGCAGCGCAGAUUGGGUCAAAGAGUUCCUUGACGUCCCCUUGGUCUACAUAUACGAGCUCCGUGACAGGGGAACUUUCGGUCAUCUCCUGCCUCCUGAUCAGAUCUUGCCCACCAGCGAAGAGACAAUGGACUCUAUAAUCGACCUCAUCCACCAAGCCAAGAGAUUCGGGUACAUGAACAACCUUCAGGAUAACGAUUUAAGAUUCGAUUUCUGGUCAAGUCCUGGUAUCAAAGCCGAAUUCGUGAAUAUCAUGAGCAAACCUGAGAACAAAAUUGAUUUGGAUAAUUUUCUAAAGAGCAAUGGAAUUAACUAUGAGAUUGUUAUGUCUAAUAUUCAAGAAGCUAUUGAUAAAGAGACAGUUAGCCCUUACACAAGAGGACGCACACCGAGCAUGCAAUUUGAUACUUACUACAAUUUAGAAGGAAUCAAUGCCUGGAUCAAUGAUUUAGUCCGAACUUAUUCGGAAGUGACGAAAUUAGUUGGAGGCGUCAGUUACGAGGGUCGAGAAAUCGAAGGUUUCAGAAUAUCUCACGGCAGCGGUAGAAAGAUUAUAUUCUUGGAAGGGGGCCUACAUGCCAGAGAAUGGAUAUCGCCAGCUACCGUCUGCUUCAUUGCUAAUGAGCUACUUACCAGUACUAAUCCAGAGACGAGAGCAGCUGCUCGUGAUUUUGACUGGUAUAUCUUUCCAGUGACCAAUCCUGAUGGCUAUGUAUGGAGUCAUACUAAUUUCCGUAUGUGGCGUAAGAACAGGCGUCCUAUCGGCAACUUCUUCGGUGUCGAUUUGAACAGAAAUUGGAACAGCAAUUGGCUCGUCAGUGGAGCCAGCACCAAUCCAGCUACUGACACCUACGCCGGUCCAGGACCGUUUUCUGAACCCGAGAGCAGAUCAUUAUCGACGUAUUUGAGGAGCCUUGGAGACAGAAUCGAUAUGUAUCUCUCUUUCCAUUCGUUUGGAGAACUUCUUCUGAUUCCGUUCGGCAACUCAACAGCUCCUUACGCCAAUUACCACGACGCAAUAAACAUCGGAAGACGCGCCAUGGGAGCUUUGUCUGUCAGAUUUGGAACUCUCUACAGGACCGGGAAUAUAGCUGAGGCGAUCUACCUCGCUACUGGAGGUAGCAUUGAUUGGGUUAAAGAGGACUUAAACGUUCCACUCGUGUACUGUUACGAGUCUCGCGAUAGAGGCCAAUACGGUUUCCUGCUGCCACCAGAGCAGAUUCUGCCCAAUAGUCAAGAAACAAUGGAUUCUGUACUGGAAUUAAUCCAUCAGGGCAGAAGAUUUGGGUACUUAAACAACAGCGGAAGAAUACUGUCUCCGCUACUUUGGGUGAUGAUCGUAGCAUUGGCCAAAUUGCUAUGGGUAUACAAAUUUUGAUUUAAGUUUUUAGCGUCGAAAUAAAUGACUAUUUAUUUGUU